AUGCUGGGGCUGCCGUUCGCCGGGGGCCGCGGGCGGGAGGAGGUCCAGCCCGCCCGAUCGGGGCUGCGUCUCGCCAGCCUGCGGCUGCAGGCGCCCAGUCCGGUGCCAGUGAGCAGGGACUGGGUUUGGACGCAGGGUGCAUUUGCCCUGCGCCUGUGUCAUGGGAACAAAACACUCAGCUGCUGCAGGGCGGAGGCGGGCAGGAUGCCCCUGAAGAGCAAAGGGAAGGGGAGAAAAGGGGUGAAGCCGCAGGAGCAGAGUGCAGCAGCUCCCUGGCGGGACGUGGCCUGGCAGGUGAGCGCUGACAGCAAGGGGCUCAAGCUGAGGCUGCAGGACCUGGAGAAGGCGCUGGAGCAGGCGCGGGAGGACAAGCGAGACAUGCAUGAAGCAAUGGCUCGGCAGUACCGGGAGCUGCAGGAGCAGACAGCCUCCCGCAGCUGCAGCUUGGAAGCAGAGGUGAAGAGCCUGCGGGAACAGCUCGCCGCCAAACUUCAGGAGAGUCGGCAGGCCCAGGAGACGGCUGCCCGGGCACUGGCAGAGAAGGAUGUGACCAUUGCUCAGCUGCAGGGCAGGCUUGACGCCAUGGAGAUGGAGUAUGAGAAAAUCCUCCAUGGUAGCCUGGACCUUGUCCUGGCCAAGCUGGCAGGGGCCAGCCAGCGCUGGAAGGAGAUAGGCACAACCAUCUCCCUGGAGCACAAGGAGCGCCUGAAGGAGUUUGGCCUCAACCCCCUGGAGAUAUAGCAUUCUGCAGACCCCCAGGACAGGAUGGGCUGGCCAGGACCCUGCCUCCCCCUGCCUUUAGACUCCCCAUACUCAUUGCCCACCACCUCGGCUCCCUUGGGCCAGGCAAGAGGACAGAAAUGACAGGUCCCAUCUGGCUUUCAGAUGCACCCCUGGGAUGCCGACCUCUCUGUAACACUACUCAAGAGUAGCAGUGAAGAUUUGUCUUUUAAUCACAUCACAAAAGGAUGACACAGGAACAGGGCUAUGAUGAGGGCAGGUACCCACUACUCCUGGGUUUGCAGUGAGGAUGGGGUGAGGAGCGCAAGGAAAAGGAGAGGUUCAUGGAGGGGCAGACCUGAGCCAACAGGCUAAGCACUGGGGGCCCAUGCGAGGCCUGGGGGCUUACUCUAGGGCCCCAUGGCCUCUGCCAUUCACUUUCCCCUUUGCACACCG